UUUUUGAUGGAACAACAGUCUUUGAAUUCCUCUGAAAAUUUUGCUAAGCCAGAAAUUUCAUAUUUUGGACACUAUGGAAAUCCUAGAAGUUUCACAACAUGGAUAGAACCUCCCUCUCUUUCAAAUCCGUUUUCAUGGUUAAAUGGACUUCGAUGGUUGUUUUUGGAAAAAGGACAUCCAAAAAUUUUAGAUGAAGACGCAGAAGAAAAAUUACCGGUCCAUACACCGAAAUUUCCAAUUAAUUCACCAUUGGGUGCAACAUGGAUGGGUCAUGCUACUUUAUAUGUUCGAAUUGAUGGGAUUUCGUUGCUAACGGAUCCGGUAUGGUCAAAAUGUGCUUCGCCUUUCAACUUUUCUAAUCGUUUCCUAUCUUUCCUCAAUUUUUGUCGUCGUUAUCGACCUUCUCCCUGUUCUAUGGAUGAUUUACCGGAGAUUAAUUUAAUUGUUAUUUCACACGACCAUUAUGAUCAUCUUGAUUUAAAUGCCGUUAAAAGACUUGCAGAACGUUUUCCGAAUAUUAAAAUUGUGGUGCCAAAAGGUCUGGCAAAUACUAUUUGCAAUGUAGUUUGUAGACAAAACGUGCAUGAAUUAGAUUGGGGGGAGAGCAAGGAAUUAGAAAUUCCUAAUACUUCUGGAGAAAAAUACACUGUUUGGUCAAUUCCUGCACAGCAUUGGAGUCAAAGAUCUAUUUUUGAUCGUAAUAAGAGUCUUUGGAGUGGAUGGGUGAUUGAAGGACCGAAACAUAAAUUUUUCUAUACUGGAGAUACUGGUUUUUGUCAAGAAGAAUUUAAAAAAGUUGGGAAUCGAUUUGGGCCAAUUGAUUUGUGUGCAAUUCCGAUUGGGUGUUAUUCUCCGAGAUGGUUUAUGCAUCCUCAACAUAUCGACACUUCUGAGGCUGUACAAAUACAUAAAUUGGUUAGGUCAAAGAAAAGUAUUGCUGUUCAUUGGGGAACUUAUGAAAUGGGCUCUUCUGAACCUUAUAUGGAACCAAAAUCAAAAUUAGAAGAAGACGUUCAAAAAGAAGGAUUAAAUUCUAAUGAGUUUAUAACUUUGGGACACGGGCAGAGUUGGAAUAUUGAAAAUAAUGGUUAA